GAUAUCAUUUCUGUAUCCGUUGUUCAUUAUCGAUGCACGCGUGUGCAUGUUGGCCAGUGUAGGACAGAGCUGAUUGAAACGCCCCGAUCACUUGACGCUUUUUGGCUGGUCUUCGAGACGAGUUAAUUUUGACAAGAUGGCAAGCAAUUUCCUAAUAAUUUCCGCGCUCGUGUGCCUGUUUCUUGUGUCGUGUCUAUGCGAAGAUCAUAGAAAAACGGUCAGGUUACAAGGACCGUCGAGUGCGGACGGAAAAGGUCGUGUUGAAGUAUACCACAGUGGACGAUGGGGAACAAUUUGCGACGAUGGAUGGGACAUAAAAGACGCCAAGGUUGUGUGUCGUCAACUUGGCUACCUAUUUGCGGUUUCUGCUCUUAAAGGUGACCAGGUUCCUUCUGGUUCUGGAGAUAUAUGGUUAGACGACGUGCGUUGUACCGGCAAGGAACAAAAUAUAUCGAGUUGUUUUCAUGAUGGUUGGGGAAAUAGUGAUUGCGAACAUUCCGAGGACGCCGGCGUGGAAUGCAGUUCUUCAGUUAUUCCAGGUAAAUCUGGGUCGUUGAGGUUACAAGGACCGUUGAGUGGCAGUGGUAAAGGUCGUGUCGAAGUGCUUCACAAUGGACGUUGGGGAACAAUCUGUGAUGAUGAUUGGGAUGUAGAAGACGCCAGGGUCGUAUGCCGGGAACUUGGUUAUCCGGAUGCUGUCAGAUCUCUUCAAGGGAGUCAGGUUCCUUCGGGCACUGGACCUAUUUGGUUGGACAACGUCGAUUGUACAGGGGUGGAGCAAAAUUUAACAAAUUGCCCUUCUCGAGGUUGGGGAAUUCACGAUUGCACUCAUUUUGAAGACGCCGGAGUAGAAUGCAAAAAAAGAAAAGUUGAAAAAGACUAUUUUCUUGUGUUUUUGAUGGUGAAUGAAUAUAAUAGUGAUAUACUCGUCACGACAGAUGUGUCCGGUCAGCUGAAUAAUUUCAAUCUUAAGAAAGGUGGCACAAUGCUGAAAAGCGAAGUAGUCAAGGGAAAAAACACGUUUUCCCUAAGUGCAGUCGAUGCUGAAACGGGAGAGGCGGUUCACAUCAAUGGACAACCAGUCGUUAAUCUGGAACCAACAAGCAAGGAGGAAAUGUCGUUGCAUCUUCUCACUGUCACCGCACCUUAGGAUGGAUCAAAAUAUUGCGAAACCUUUGAGGACUUCACAAAUUGAUCUUUUGUUGGUGCCUGGUGAUUUUAGCUUAUGAGUUAGCGUGAUAUUUUUUGGAAUUUAAGUCCAUUUAAUUUGAACAAUUAUUCUGUUCAUUGUAGUGAAUUUAAAAAGGACUGACACUUAUAGUUGAUUGAACAUCAUAUUUGACGGCAAGGAGCCUAUAUAAUCUUGUAGGCCAAAUAAUAUAUAUUUGCUGCUUAAUUAUUUACAUUUAGUUUUCUGUUAUAAUCAACGUAUGUUCGGGUUAAAACCUGAUUCAAAUUAGUGAAUGUAGUAA